CUGUCAAACAAUAUUGACAAAAACACCGAGUAGGCCGAAUAACAACAAGUAUUCUUCUGGCUGAGCGGUGUCUGGCCUCCCGAAAAGAGUUUUAUCGCAUUUUUUGCCCUUUUAAAUACACCGGCGUUGUGAAAUCGUGAAAAAUAUGAGUUUCGAUCCGGCCUGGCUGUCGGAACCUCCCCCCAUCAUCGAGGACACGGAAGAUCUGCUGCGUGCGUUCAUUCUCGAACCGAAAAUCCCGAUACACGAGCCGAAACCGUACUUUGAACCACGUCACCCAUCCAUCGACCAAUUGUACGAUGUGCCGCACGCACCCAUCAUUACGCGCAUCGUGCCCGACCGGUGUCCGGAAACCGGAAAGGUGUUGGAUUUCGUCGAAACGCUGGUCCAGAAUGCGGGAUCGACGGCCAAAAAUUCCAUGUCAUUACAGCGCGAACCGACCGAAUCGCUGGAUUCGGCCCGCGGCUCUGCCUCGUACUUUCCCUUCUGGCCCGGCGGAUUCGAUGAACCGGAAACGAUGCUCGCGGACUUGGUGCCGAGCCCGAUGUUUGAACCUGGCGCUCUGAAAUCGUGUCCACCGGGGUUUGCAACCGGUGUAGAGUUUGAAGCGAGUGGCAGCGUGGCAGAACGGAGCGAAGGUAUCGGUGACGGAGGGGUGAUCGAUCUGCUGUCAGCGAUCGCGCACGAGGAUGGUUUCGAUCUGCUGUCGGACGCGACGACACAACGCGAAAAGAAUGCAACACCGCACGAGGAACGCAAGCUUCCGGCCGAUAUCGAUGAGGAAAGUUUGCUGAGCGUCGAAAGCAAGCAAACAGCCGACGGGCAGGUGCUGCAAAUUUCCAGCGUUAGCAACAACGCAACCCAGUCGGCCGAAUGGGCCGAAAUGAUCGACAUUUCCAAACCGGUGGAUGAUUUUUACGUCAAAAUCCCGGCGAUGGCGCACAGGUUUCCGUUCGAGCUGGACAUCUUCCAGAAGCAGGCGAUCCUAAAGCUGGAGGAGCACAAUCACGUGUUUGUGGCGGCACACACGUCCGCGGGUAAAACGGUGGUGGCCGAGUACGCGAUAGCACUGUCCAAGAAGCACAUGACGAAAACGAUCUACACGUCACCCAUUAAGGCACUCUCCAAUCAGAAGUACCGCGACUUUAAGACCACCUUCCAGGACGUGGGGCUGAUAACCGGGGACAUACAGAUCGAUCCGACCGCGUCCUGUCUCAUCAUGACGACGGAAAUUCUGCGCUCGAUGCUGUACUGUGGCAGCGAUAUUACGCGCGACCUCGAGUACGUCAUCUUCGACGAGGUGCACUACAUCACCGACUCAGACCGGGGGCACGUGUGGGAGGAGGUGCUCAUCCUGCUGCCCGACCACGUGUGCAUCGUGAUGCUGAGCGCCACCGUACCGAACACGAUAGAGUUUGCGAACUGGGUGGGCAAAACGAAGAAGAAGCGCGUGUGGGUCGUAAGCACCGCCAAGCGACCGGUUCCACUCGAGCACUACCUGUACACGGGAUUCGGUGGCAAAUCGAAGGACGAUUCGUUCCUGAUCGUGAACGAGCACAGCCAGUUCCUGGCGCAGGGUUACCACCGGGCAAAGGAAAGCUGUGAAGCGAGGCAGGCGAAAAACGCAACCCGCCGAACGGGCGGCCCUUAUAGCCAGCGCCAGGAGCAAACGCUCUGGGUCGGUUUGAUCGAUCAUCUGCAAAAGAAGGAGAAGCUGCCGGUGGUGGCGUUCACGCUGUCCCGCAACCGGUGCGACAACAAUGCGGAAGCGCUCAUGUCCUGCGAUCUGACGACGGCACGGGAAAAGUACGCCAUCACCUCCUUCUUCCAGCAGUGCCUGCAGCGGCUCAUCCCGCCCGACCGUGCACUGCCGCAGGUGGUGCAGAUGCAGGCCUGUCUCGAGCGCGGCAUCGGCAUUCACCACAGCGGCAUCCUGCCCAUCCUGAAGGAGAUCGUUGAGAUGCUGUUUGCGCGCGGGCUCGUAAAGAUUCUGUUUGCCACGGAAACGUUCGCGAUGGGCGUGAACAUGCCCGCCCGGACGGUUAUCUUCGACAGUACGCGCAAGUUCGACGGGCAGGCGGUCCGUCCACUGCAACCGUCCGAAUACACCCAGAUGGCGGGUCGGGCUGGACGGCGCGGGCUCGACAAGACCGGUACGGUCAUUAUCCUCUGCAAGCAGCAUCUGCCCACCGACGGGGAGCUGAAAACGAUGAUACUGGGCAAACCGAUACGGCUCGAAUCCCAGUUCCGGCUGACGUACGCGAUGAUGCUGUACCUGUUGCGCGUCGAGCUGGUGUCGGUGGAGAACAUGAUGCUGCACAGCUUUCGGGAGUUUGGAAAGCGGCAGCAGAUGCCCCAGAGCAAGCUGGAGCUGAGCAAGAUGCAGGAGAAGAUGUCCUCGCUCACCAAGCUCAGCGACAAUCUGAAACCUUUAUGCGAGUUUUACGAAGCAGCGCACGAGUACAUUGACCUUUGGCGCGAGCUCAUGCCCAAGCAACUGUGCCAACCGAAAGCAAUCAACGAGCUGAAGGUAGGGCGCGUGGUGGUAGUGACGGACGGCCAUCACUACAACAAGCUCGGAGUGUUGCUCUCCGUAUCGCUACAAUCCCACAAGGACAUGAAGCUGGUCGUGCUGGUGCUAGACCACGGACAGACCCAGCCAAAGCCGGACCCGCCCCACCCGGAACCGCUCGACCGGGGAACGCUCUGGCACCAGAUGCUCUCGCUAGCGUACCCGUACCAAACGUUCCUGCCCGAAGGGGUCGGUGGACACUGUGUGCUUACCCUCGGCCCAGCGAACCUGAUCGAGGUGACCAAGCACACGAUCAAGUGCGAUGCAAGCAACAUCAUCCGCAGCUGGGAAAACCGUCUCAUUCCACGAUUCCGCGAUGCACCACCGUCGCAAGCCACCGUCGAAGCGGUCGCAAGUUUGGCCGAACUGAAUGCGAAGGUAAUCGAAGCCGGUUCCGUGACCGGUACGCUCGAGUGUGUGCGAUUCCAGCGUGAUCUUACGAACCUGGAGCUGUCGGAGCAGCUGAAGAUCGCCCAGGACCGGUUGAGUCGCUGGGUGCCGUACACAAACAUUGCCGACUUUGAGCAUGAGUUUGCGCUCGUGUUUGAUUGGAAGCAGCUGGAGCGAAAGUUGGACGAGCUGAAGUAUCAGGCGUCGUACGAGAGUAUGUCCCUGUAUCCGGACUACCAGCGAAAGCUGCAGGUGCUCCAGGAGCUGAAGUACAUCGACGAGAUGCAGCAAGUGGCCAUGAAGGGACGAGUUGCGUGCGAGAUGGGCCAGAACGAGCUGAUGAUUACGGAGCUGGUGAUGCGUAACAUACUGACCGAUCUGCAGCCGGCCGAAAUUGCUGCCCUGCUGUCGAGCUUGGUGUUUCAAGCAAAAACGGACGUACAGCCAAAGCUGACUGAAACACUACAGAAGGCCGAAGCACAGUUCCGCGAGGUUGAGAACGACAUCCGGCUGGUCGAGCGGCAGUACGGUGUGACGGAUGUGUGCAAAAAGGAGGAGCUCAACUUUGGCCUCACCGAGGUGGUGUACGAGUGGGCCCGCAACAAACCGUUCGCCGAGAUAAUGGUGCUGACGGACAUUAAGGAAGGCAUCAUCGUGCGCUGCAUCCAGCAGCUAAACGAAACGCUGUGCAACGUGAAGGACGCGGCCCGGAUCAUUGGCGACCCGGUGCUGCACAGCAAGAUGGAGGAAGCGUCGAAUGCGAUCAAGCGCGACAUCGUGUUUGCGGCCAGUUUGUACACCUCGAGCACACCGAUCGUCAUCGGGGAGGUGUAAGACGGACGACAAUUGGGGUCCUUUUUUUCCCUCGUUUUGCCAGCAAUAAAUGAAAUCUUCGUCUAAACCUGGCAUGGCAUUAAUAUUUUAAAA